ACAGAGCGACGGUGUGCUGCAGCAAAAAGCAAACCAAAACAAAACAUCCGAGCGCGAUAGAAGAUUCAUAAAAAGUAGGCCAUAAAGGAUACGGAAAUGACCGAUUCCGUGGUUUCUAACCGGCACAAGGACUGCAUGCCCUGCCGGUUGAUCAGCGGAUUCGGGGUGAUCGGUAUGGGACUGUACAUCGCGCUGCAAGCCCAGAAAAGGCCGAACUGGUUAGGUCGUUAUAGCAUGUUCGGCAUUGCUACCGCUGCCGGAAGCAUAGGAAUUGCACGCUUGUUGGAUGUUUAUCCGUUCGGCGAAAGAUCGCCGAAAUAGCUCGAGCUGAGUUUACUGUUAAAAUAAAGUUGCAUUCACACUCACACACCGGUCCCGUUUGGUUUGCCAAA